GAGAAAGCUCCACACAAUAGGAGUGUAGAACACACCAGGCAGUACUAACCAGAGCCACUAUCAAGAUUUGCAGGAAAAAAAAAAAGAGAGGGCACUUUCUUGAUCUGAAAGCAGCAAAAGCAAAAAUGGAGGAAUUAACAACAGCAUUGAAUUCACAUAUGGACCAAAUGGCAGAUCUAGUUGAGAAAUUAUCUGCAGAGAUGAGGUCUAGUCUUAGACCCGCUUAUGACAAUUUCAUUGGCUUCUUCCACGCCAUUGACUGGACGGAACCUUGGUUAGUAGGUCUUCUUUCAUUUCAUGUCGUGUUUCUUCUAGUAUCUAUUGUGUCUCGGAAGAACAUCAAUUUCCAGAUGUUUUUGUUCCUUUUUGCACUGGGAGGAGUGUAUGGUGCUGAGAGGCUUAAUAGGAUAUUAGCUGCAAACUGGAAAAGCUUCGCGAGCCAGAAUUACUUUGAUUCACAUGGCAUUUUUCUUUCCACGCUCUGGUCUGGGCCUCUGUUGGUUAUUGCGAUAAUAAUCUUGGUUAAUACCCUCUUUUCACUAUGUUACCUGAUUGUCAGGUGGAAAAAAGCUGAGCUUAGACACCGGGCAAGACUAGCUAGUAACAAAGAGGAUUAACAAAGAUAUUGCUGCUCUGUUACGACUAAAGCAAAAGCAUAGGGCAGGCCCAGGGAAUGCAACGUCUUGCUCCAUUCUCUCCCUACACAAGACUGGUGAAGAGAAUCACUUAACACUGGGUUACAUUAAGGAUAUCUUUUUGCCAUUAACCUUUUCCCUGUUUAAAUGUGUUUCCAUUGUUUGGUUCAGAUUUUCUUUGUAGAAGUGAAAUCGGCAUAGCCUUUCUUGCUUUUAUACCCCAUCUGAGAAACGCUGCCCAGUUUUCAUAUAUCUUGUAAUUUUAGAUCGUUGAAUUUCUUAUAUCAAGAUUAAAAUGAGACAUGUCUCCGAAAGAACUUGCAUGUGAAA